GACCAAAUAUAAACAUUUUUUACUAAACAUUCAAAUUCAGUUAAUUCAAAAAUAUCAAAUAAACAAAGCCACUUAUUGCAUUCGUUUGUUUUUCUAUUCAUUAAAAAUCAUGCUACAAAUGCUCCUGUUCUUAAAGCAAAAUGCUGCCCAAUGUUUUAAACUGAUAUUUUCCCUUGUUUGACCUUACAAAACAUUUCCAUCGUCAAAUAAAUGUUUGACCAAAAAAUAGGAAAAUAAUUGAUCAUAUAUGUUCACAUUAUGGACACAUUGGUCAAAUUUUUGUUUUCCGGCAAAUAAUUUUGUUUUCCCAAAAUCAGCUGUUUUUGUAUUUACCGUCAAAUAAUAUUUGGUGGUCAGAUUGUGACAAAGAAAUAUUUCACAUUUUUCGUCAAAUAUUUGCCCAAUGUGACCUUACCUUUAGAGUGAGAAGCAGAAAGAAGAAUAUUUAAAUUAUAGAACAAUUCCUCUUCUAUAGGAAACCCACCAAUUCCAGUAAUCUUGGAAAUACUUCAGGGCCUGAAACCAGUUUUAGAUACUAAUGAUAUGGAAAAAUUCCUUAGCUCUAGAAAUCCAGACUCUGCGGAACGUGCAGACGACAUUUCCUACAAAAUGAUUGAUAGCCUUAAUAACUGCGGGAAGUCCAAAGUUUUCAACGCUCUUUCAAACAUGUGGACCAAAGGUGAAUUCCCGGGCCAGUGGAGAUGUGUGUCGAGGUGGGCCCUGUACCAAAAAGGAACAAAGAUUUGUCUUAUGUAAAAAAUUACAGACCAGUAGCAUUAAUUUGCACUGGACAAAAAAAUUUGGAGAGCGCCCUAAAACCAAUUAUUCAACACUUUUUAAAUGAAGAUAACGCAAUCCCCAGAAGGUCUUACGCAUUCAUGCAAGAUGAUUUUCUGUUACUGUGUCACGACAAAGAUUUAAAAAGUACAAAAAAAUCCUUGCAAACAAAAUACAGGAAUUACACGAUGUGGAAAAAAAUUAAAUUUCAACAUGGAGAAAAUUAGCGUCAUUAAUUUCAGCAAAAGAUGACAAGAUCUGAACAUCACGAUCAACUACAAAAAAUUAAAUCAGAAAAAAACAUGAAAUUUUUGGGUGUUCAUCUCUCAUUAAGCGGGUCCGCAAAGAUUCAUAUCGAUUCUGCAACUUCAUCAAUAACUCGCAAUUGUUCAUUCCUCAAAAUAUUAAGCUGUUGCAAAUUCGGUGUAAAACCUUCAAAAGCUUUGCAUUUUUAUAAAGCAUUUGUAAGACCAAAAAUUGAAUAUGAUGCCUCAGCCAUUUCCAAUUCAAUAAAAACGUCUGAACAAAAGCUUUAAGUGUGUGUACAGAACAGUUUGGGUUUAAUUAAAUCUACUCUAGUUCCAAUUAUUUAUCAAUUGACUGUGGUCUCGAUUUAGAUUUGAAUUUACCUGGAGCAAGCCUUGUGAAUCAAAAUGACCAAAUUAACACCAGUUACGCCUAUGUUUGGAGGAAAUUUAAAAACACUCUUUUAAACAUAAACCCAACAAACUCUGUCAGUGAAUCGACGAAGGUCAUAAAAACAUAUGGAGACUUUUUUUUAACAAUAUCGUAAGCAGCAAUAAUGAGGCGAGUCAAGAUAUACAACAACUGAUCUAUAAACUCCAAAAUGAAGGUUUGAAUAUAUUGUUACGAAUAUAACUUUAGAUUUAAGUUAAUUUAGAUGAAUUCCGUUAAUUUAAGAAUUUGAAUUGUAACGUAAAUUUCUACUACGCAGUUUAUUUGAAUAACUUCACAACAACAACUACUGUAUAGAUUUUUCUACAUCCUUCCAUUUCCUCUUUCAUUUUCUAUUUUGUUGCUGACGUACAAUUCUUGUUAAACGUCAUCAUUGAUGAUCGCUUAAUUCCUCUUUCUUUGUUACCCCCUCGCCUGUGUAUGUGUUGUUGUUAUUGUUCACUCAAUGUAAGUUGUAUGUGUUCGUUGCAUUGGUAGAUUGUUCGUAAUCUAGGCGUUACCAGAUCGUCUAGAAACUUCUGUAGCGACAGGCGAGGCUCAUAUAAAUAGGGGAAAUGGAAAGGCAGUUAGUCAGUUGUGAAUCAGAUCGCGAAUUGAAACCGUCGAGUAAAGUAAAGUGCAAAGUAAAGUUGUGUGAAUAAAAUCAUUGUAAUAAUCGUAAUCCGAAAGAACCCGCGUUUUAUUUGGUACGAGCUGUAUUGGGAAAUAAAACAACGUCUACACGGGAUUAAGUAAAAUCCAAGAACGUAACAAUUGGUGUCGGAAGUGAGAUUACGAUAAUACUACGAUGAAGUUUAAGGAUCUACGAGUGGAAGACUUGAAGAAGGAACUUAAUAAAUUGGAAUUGUCCUCUACUGGCAACAAGGCUGAACUACAAAAACGUCUGUUGGAUGAGUUCGAGCGCCGUGGUAUGAACAUCGAUACAUAUGAGUUUGACAGUAAGGAUGAAGUGGAUUUAUCGGAAAUGGGCGAAUCCAACGGUGGGGAAGUCUCGUCAGUAGCUGCCAGGGGUGACGAUUUCAGAGAAAUGCUAGCCAAAAUGUUUGAGGAAAAUUUCAGAAGGUUCGAAGAAAAUUCAAGAAUAACGAACGAGAAACUCGAGUACAUUGCAGAAGUUAUUGGAAGGAGAGUGGAAACCGUGGAGGUCCAAAUAAAAGAGUUGGAUAAGAAAGUGCAGUCGGUUGACGAGAAAUUUCUGUCCCACGACCAUAGGGUUACAAAUCUGGAGAAGAAAAUUUCGGAACUGGAAAUCAAAGGUGGUCCGGUGCGAGUUCCUGAUAACACACUAAAAAUCAAACCUCCUGUAUUCGACGGCUCUACGUCAUUCAAUGUUUUCAAGUUACAGUUCGAGACAGUGGCUUCUAGAAAUUCGUGGAACGACAGCGACAAAGCGGUUGCACUACUUCUGACAUUGAAGGGCAGUGCUGCUGAUGUUAUACAGAGUAUUCCUGUCGCUUCUAGAAACAACUAUGAAGAUGUUAUUGCUGCACUGGAACGUAAGUACGGUGGCGAACAUAAACGAAACAUCUACCUUAUGGAAUUAAGGGGAAGAGUACAGAGGGCAAACGAGACGUUACAAGACUUUGCAGCUGAGGUGGAACUUUUGGUGCUAAUGACGUAUCCAGGAGAGGAUCACCCAUUGCUGGACCGUAUGAAAAUCGAAACCUUUGUGAAUGGCAUACGUGACCCUGAGAUUAAGUAUGCAACAUAUGCGUCACCAAAAGCAUCAUUUUCCGAAACUGUGUCGUUUGCCCUUGCCCAAGAGACGGCACGAAUAGUUGUUAAGCCCCAGACCCACAAGAUUCGCCAACUGGAGACCGAAGGUUGCGAACCCAAAUCUCUCGUUAACUCGAUCGAAGACGCCAUGAGGCGGGUAGUAGAAGAGACAAAGGCCUGA